AUGGACACCGUGCUUCUGGCUCACUUAGACCACCUGACCCAAGAAAGAGAUGCGAUUAACCGUCGUAGGCAAAAGCAAAAGGCUGUAUGUGAUCAAUACAGGGAGAAGCUUGAGGCAGCACGUAGAGAAGAGUGGGAAGCUAGGACUGCACUUGGAGAUAAGAAGAAUGAUUUAAAUAAUGUACGUUCGGUCCUAGGGAAAUUGCACCAAGCAAAUUCAGCUGAAGAACUUGAUGAGCUGAUUGCGAAGAAAGAGAGGACUAUGCAACAUGAGACCAUUUCUUUGAAAGAAGAAAAGCUUUUAAUUAAAGAGAUUAAUGAAUUAAAAGCCCAACGGAAGCAGCUAUCCACCACUAUGGGCUCAAAGGCAGAAAUCAAUUAAGCAUUUGACCAAAAAGAUCACAUUCAUGAAAGGCAUAAGGUAUUGAAAGCAAAAAAUUCUAAUU